AUGGAGCCUUCAUUAGAACUACCCAAAAGCUCGCAGACAGCUUCGGACGCUGAAUCUCGCGAAAAAUCCGGUACGACGUCAAAAAGCCCUGUCGACUCUUCGUCCCUAUCCGGAGAGGCAACGAAUGAAGUUUUACCUGACGGUGCCAUGAGAGAGAGAACAAUCCAUGGUUGGAAAUGGGCUGCCACUGCCGCCUCUCUAUAUAUUGGUGCCCUCAUCUAUGGUCUCGACAGUACUAUUGUGGCGGAUCUUCAGCCCGCAUUAAUUGACCAGUAUGAUGAGUUUGAGAGCCUUACUUGGGCUGGCACUGGGUUCCCCCUCGGUUCAUUCUGUUCGAUUCUGCCUGGGGCUGCAUUGUAUGCCAUUUUUGAUCUCAAGUACAUGUUCACUGGCAGUAUUAUCCUCUUCGAGGCAGCAUCAGCGCUUUGUGGAGCAGCCCCUACUAUGGAUGUUCUCAUUGUCGGGCGAGUGUUUGCUGGUAUGGGCGGCAAUGGCAUCUUUCUUGGAAUCCUAAAUUACUUCUCUCUGAUCACAACUGAUACGGAGCGCGGACGGUACAUUUCCGGCAUGGGCGUAGCAUGGGGAAUUGGUGCUGUCCUCGGUCCUGUCGUAGGAGGAGCCUUCGCCACCUCAUCAGCCACUUGGAGAUGGGCUUUCUACAUUAAUCUUGUUAUCGCGGCGGUUUGCGCUCCGGCGUACAUCUUCUGGCUCCCAAAAGUCAAGCCAGGCGGCGACCACCAGCGUUCACCAUUGACAAAGCUCCUCUCACUCGAUUGGGCAGGCUUCAUCUUGGCCACAGGGGCCAUGGUAUCUUUUACCAUGGUUUUAACUUUUGCAGGCCCUACUUGGCCCUGGAACGAUAAGCGCACCAUUGCCCUCUUUAUUGUGACAGGGAUACUGUUCAUCUUGACCUUUGUCCAACAAUACUUUCUACUCUUCACUACAGUAGCAAACCGGAUGGUGCCCCCAAAACAUGUUCUGCUUAACCCCACGCAGCUAGUUCUCUAUAUCAUGACGGCUGUUUCGGCUACAAACAUCUAUGUCCCGUUGUUUUACCUUCCCCUCUACUUUGCAUUUGCUAGGGGGGAUUCGACAAUGCAGGCUGCUGUCCGUCUGCUACCUUUCAUUGCCUUUCUAGCCUCGGGCACUAUGCUGUCAGGUUCCUUACUGCCCAAAAUUAAUUAUUACUGGGCUAUAUAUUUGGUAGGCGGCGUUCUCAUGACAGCCGGCAGUGUUGCAAUGUACACUGUAAACACCGACACCCUCCCACAAUAUGUCUAUGGAUACAGCAUACUUCUCGGCGCUGGCACUGGUUUUGUGUUCAACUUAGGUUUCUCCAUUGCAAGCAUCAAGAUGUUCCAGCAAACUGGGUCUGGACUUGACGUUCAGCGAGUCAGCUCGAUGCAGAAUCUCUCCCAGCUUGGGUGGCAACUUGUGAGCCUGCUUAUUGGAGGCCAAAUGAUGCAAGGACUCUCGUUCAGAAACCUUGCCAAGGUUCUGGAGGGCAUGGGGUUCAGCGAAAAGGAGAUUCGGAAGGCGGCUGCCGGAACCUCAAGCCAGCUGUUCGACUCAUUGGGUGCAUCCCUGCAGAAAGAGGCUGCCAAUGCCAUCACGGAUGUUAUCAGCAAGAUUUAUAUUCUUAGCAUCAUCUCGGGUGUUGCUGUAAUCGUUGCAGCGCUGUUCUUGCCUAAAGAAAAGCUAUUUCCAAAGUCCAAGGACUCCAAUGCCUCGACCUCGGUUUAA